UUUUUCUAAAUAAUUAUACUAAAACCUUUGACAGCAACAUCACAAAGAAGUGUUUGCAUGACCUUCGGAUAUGAACAAUGAAAAAUAUACAACUAAUUAUAAUGAAAAACAGGAGAAUACAAAUUUACAAAAGUUUUACCAAGAACCAAUUAAUGAUGGAUUAUCAACUACAAACAAUAAUGCCCUAUGUACACCGUUAAGAAACGUAUGCUAUGGUAUUAAUCAACGUUCUGUAUCAACUGCUGUUACACCAUCUUUGUCAGUAUCAGCUACAGACGACCAAUUUACAGUGUGGCACAAUAUUGGUGAGGAUGAAAUCACUACAGUUUAUGCAAAAAACAAUGUAGCCUAUGCAACUGUUAUACAAGUCCAACAACAAGGUGCCUCUACAAAUUCCCCCGCUUUCAUUAAUGAUAUAAAGAGACAAACUCUUGAGAGAAUUAAUACGAAUUGUCAUCACAAAAUAAUGGCUUGCCAUAGCGAGGAGGCAUUGAUAUACGCUGAGAAAAGUAUCUGUGAUAUUUUGUGCACUUUGGUAACUAAAAAGAAUAAAAUGAAGUCCAUAUGUGAGGCUGUAGACAAAACCACAUUGGAAAUUAAACCAACAACCGUCACAAAGAUGAAUCCAAGUUGCCAUGACAACAAAGCGGGUACUUUGCAAAGAAUUCGUAGUAGUUGCAGCCAGAAAAUUAUGUCGUGUAAUGAUGAACUGUCACUUGUAUAUGCAGAGAAAAGUAUUUGUAAUAUUUUAUGUACUCUGAUAAUUCAUCCAGAAAAGGUGGAAGCUAUAAGUGAAGCCAUUGAUAAAGUUAAUUAAUGUACGUAAUCGAGUCAUAUGUUCUUCAUUAUAAAAAACAUAAAUAAAACAUAUUAGAUGUACUGAAUAAAAACCUAUUGGGUUGCCCAAAAAGUAAUUGCGGAUUUUUUAAAAGAAGGUAAAUGCAUUUUUAAUGAAGCUUAGAAUGAACUUUAAUCAAAUAUACUUUUUUUACACUUUUUUUCUAAAGCAAGCUAAAAGUAACAGCUGAUAACUGACAGAAGAAAGAAUGCAAUUACAGAGUCACAAGCUGUGAAAAAAUUUGUCAACGCCGACUAUAUGAAAAAUCCGCAAUUAAGCACAAGUUAAUUUUUGUCCAAUUUUAAGGACCAAAAAUGUGAAUAUAUUAUAAUUAUUGUUUUAUUUUAUGAAAUAAAUACCUCGAUGUCCUAUUUUUAGCAUAGUUCCUUGAAAAUAGACUAAAAUUUGUUAUUUACGUUAGGUAAAUUGCUGCAGCCAAAAACUCGCACAUUUCUUGUUGAGUAGAAUUAAUCACUCCAAAAAAAUGCGAAACUCGAUCGUAAUAAAUGGAUUGCGGAUGCGAGAAUAAGGCCCCUAUGUUGUAUUGCACACCUUUUUCAAUUAAUAACUCAACGUUUGAUAUUGAAUGAAACUGGCCAAAUGUCAAACUUUAUACCAAUUUUUAUUUCAUAAUCGAGCCACAAGCAUAACCAUGACCUGCAAUAAGAAUAAAAGAUAUGCGUAUUUUUUUUAUAAAAAUGUUAAAAUCUUUAUUUUUCUUCAAACUAUUUUUUUUACUUAAUAGUUUCUUUUCUAUUUCUUUAAAGAUAUAUAUAUAUAUAUAUGCGGUUGCACAUAAAGUAUUUAUCAUUUCAUUAAUAUUAUUAACAUUUACA